AUGAGCGCACGUUCCCGUCGACUCGAACACAGCUUGGGUAGUAGCUGGGGCGACGCCGACUACGCAUCCGGCGAAGAAGGCUCCAUUCAUUCAGCUAGCGAAGAAGCCAGUGAAGUGGAACUGGAAGGGUCCGACAAAGAAGCUAUACAAGAAGCACAAGCACCUGUGACACCCAGACCUAAACGCAAUCAACUCAGUCAAUCAACGCCUACAGCUCGAACUCAGGUUCGGCCGGUACGAAAGCCAGCGAGUCGGACUAAAGUCAGUCAGUCGCAGAAAAUAAGAUCCGACCGAAGAACGCCAAAACAAGACGCGUUCGAACCGAGCCUCAUCAUGCCUUCUAUGGCUAACUCGCCGAGUGGCUACAAUGGAUCACCAGGUGCAAAGUCCCAGCCGCGAAAUCGAGCGAGAAAUACGGCCCAAACCCCUUCAGCAAACUCGUCCCGUGCAGGUGGCAGUUCCUUUAACACAGGCUCCGCCAACGAAUACCAGCAAUCGUCACAGCAAGAGCAGGACGAAGUGAGCCCAUGGCACUAUGUGAGUCUCUUCUGGGACAACGUCGCCGCACCGCUUCUCGCCCAUUUCUUGGAUAUCUUCUCCUACGCCUUGCGCCACUUCAUCAAACCCGUCCUAGGUGUCAUCCUUGGUGUUGGUAUCCUAGUUUUCAGUAUCCAGAUAGCAUCCGGCAUGUUACGCUCCACAGUCUCAAACGCUGUAAUGGGUCCUGUUUGCGCCAUACCCGGCUCAUCUUACCUCAUCGCCGCGUGCGGUGCGAUAGGCACUCCAGACCCUCAAGCCGACUUUGAGGAGCUUAUCAACGUCCAAGGUAGAUUUGAGGAUAUCUUGGAUGCAUCAAAGGACACUUCUGCGUUACCCGCCACGAUCAAGAACUCUGAACUGGCGAUUCGCGAUCUGCGUAUCCUGGUUAAACAUUCUCGUCUUCCAAGCCGCAAGGCACUGGAGAACGAAUUUGAGUACUUUAUGCAAACAGCUAACGAGGCUUCGCUCGAUCUCUCCCGCUACAACAGCCGUAUAGGAGCAGCCAUGGACCGCGUUAUCGCGACAAAUACCUGGACCAUGAACGUACUCUCUGGAAUCUCAGAGAAGGAAGCUUCCGUUGGCGCUGUUGGCCGAGUCCUCAACCAACUUACAGGCGCAUUUGUGGCCCCACCGCCAACGCUUCAACGACAGAUCUUCGACCAAUACGUGUUGCACGUCAGCAAGAACAAGGACGAAAUCACUGGCCUCAUUCAAACUGCUCAAGCGCUCCUUCUUGUCCUACAAAAUCUCGACGAGCGACUAGGUACCAUCUACGAGAUUGCGACAAAUGACGACCAGACGAUAACGAGCCGACAAGAAGAGCUUCUAUCAAGCCUCUGGACAAAGCUCGGCGGGAACCGUGGGGAUGUGAAGGCGAACACCAAAUCUCUAAAUCUACUCUCGAAUAUCAGCGCGUACCGCAAGAGAGCCGUCAACCAUGUGACAGACACACUUCUGAAACUGCAGGAAAUCCAGGCUGAGUUGGAAAAUUUGCGAGAAGGCGUUGCGGCGCCGGAGAUUCUAGGGUACUCGAGUGGUUACUCAUUGGAGUUCCACAUUGAUACCAUUGGGAAGGGUGUUGAGAGACUGCAGGUCAGCCGUGGAGAGCAGAUGAGGGAAGAGAGAGAGACGUACAGGAGGCUUAUGCGUGGUGGAGAGGAAGCCGACGGCAGGAGGGAGUUGCCUGGACCGACGGUCACAGUCAGGGCGAAGUAG